UAAGGAUUGGUGAAGAAGAAAAAAGAGGUGAUUGGUUGAAGACUUGAGGUUCAUCUUUGGUCUUCUAAUCCAAUCACAUUUCAUUUCCUGUAUUGUCUUAUUUAAACCCACCUUAGAGCUUCGCCUAUAACCCUUAACUACACAAUAAAAAUAUGGCUGCUCUCACAAGAUAUUUGUCAUUGAAAAAUAUCAUCCCUAGUUGCAUUAAACCCAAGGAUUCAUCUUCCGGGCCUAAAAUUCAUGCUACCAGACAGAGUCCAAGCCAAAGGUUAUCACUUACUGAUGUUAGCCACUCUGGGACACCACUCUCAUUGAGUGAUCUCUCAACUUCUCUCAUUAGCCUUCAUAUCUUUACCCUCAAGGAACUAGGAGUGAUAACUCACAAUUUCUCCAAGGCUAAUUUUUUGGGUGAGGGUGGGUUUGGACCUGUUUACAAAGGGUUCAUUGAUGAUAAGUUUAAGCCUGCUUUGAAGGCUCAAUCUGUUGCUGUUAAGGUACUUGACUUGGAUGGCACUCAAGGUCACAGGGAAUGGCUGGCUGAAGUUAUUUUCUUGGGGCAAUUGAAGCACCCUCACCUGGUGAACUUAAUUGGGUAUUGCUAUGAAGAGGAACAUAGGCUUCUGGUUUAUGAAUACAUGGAACGAGGCAACUUAGAAAACCAAUUGUUUAAAAGGUGUGGUCCACCAUUGCCUUGGCUAACAAGGUUGAAAAUUGCUCUUGGAACUGCAAAAGGACUAGCUUUCCUUCAUGAAGAAGAGAAGCCAGUCAUAUACAGGGAUUUCAAAACUUCAAAUAUCUUAUUAGACUUGGCUUACAAUGCAAAGGUCUCGGAUUUCGGAUUGGCAACCGACGGUCCAGAAGGCGAAAAAUCUCAUGUUACAACUGCUGUAAUGGGCACAGAAGGCUAUGCUGCUCCGGAAUACAUUACAACAGGGCAUUUGACGACUAUGAGCGAUGUGUUCAGCUUCGGAGUGGUUCUGUUAGAACUGUUGACAGGCCGGCGAUCUGUCGACAAAUCGCGCCCUGCUCGAGAAAAGAACCUAGUGGAAUGGGCAAGGCCUAGUUUGAAGGACCCUUACAAACUUGAUGCAAUAAUGGAUCCUAGACUUGAAGGACAGUACUCAACUGAGGGGGUUAAAAAGGUUGCUGCAUUGGCUUAUCAAUGUCUAAGCAACCACCCCAAGUCUAGACCAACUAUGAGCAAUGUGGUCAAGGCCUUGGAGCCUCUGCUGGACUUAACCGACAUCCCAACCGGACCCUUUGUGUACAUUGUUCCGACCAAUGGUAAUAGCGAGCCUAUCAUUCAGAACAUCAUACACCGAGAGGAAAAGCAACACGACGAGUUAAGAAUAGAGAAAAACAUCGAUCAUAAGGAAGAAAAGAAAGAGAAAAACCGAUUGCCACACAGAAAAGCCCAAAAGCAUAGACCCCGAGUUAAGCCAUCGAGGUCUCGAGCUGUCUAUUCGGACACUGAUUUGUAUAAAGUUUUAGGGUCUAGUUUGUAUACUCCCAAGCACUAGAGACACUCCAAACAAAACAAGCAUACCUUGUACAUUUGAAGUUCAUUGUCUUUUUUUAUUUAUUUUAAAUUAUAUAUCUUUUCCAUUCUUAUCA